GCUGUAGCUGUAUCAAAUCCAUUUUGGAUGUUUCACAUUUUCAAAGUUAAUGUAGGUUAGGAAUGAUUCAUAAUUUUGUGGAUGUGUGAGAUGUGACUAUUUUAAAGGCAGCCAUCUUUUAAUAAUGUAACUCCUCCACCGGGGUUAAUCAUUUGCUGAGGUCUGAUUGCAUGACGUCUUCUGAACACUGUGAGAUAAGGUAUACGUAUAUAUACACUUGUCAUCAGAAACUAACAAUGACCAAAAAUUAAGGGGAGAUUCAGGAGGAACAGAAGCAGAUUGAAAACAGAUAGAAGAUGAUCAUGAAGUCAUUAGUGCCUGUCGUGGCCCUGAUUGCACUAGUGGUGUCCGGAGUGCAGGCAUUUAUUUCAGUUGGGGGUACCAGAAACACCCAUGUAUCCAUUACUGGCAGUGCUGUAAUGGAGAAGAUCCGUGAGGUGUGUGAAGCAGUGGCUGAAUCAGAAGGAAGAGAUUUCAAGCCAACGGGCUCAUCAGCGGAGGAGCUGCUGCGUGCAUGUCUGGGCACGGCCACAGGAGAUGUUUCAGGUGCUAAGUUCCGUACAGCACUAAAUCAGAUCUACACACAGAAUGGCAUUGUGGACCGGGACUUCAUGAGCAGCGCAGCACACCACUUCAAUAAUGAGGCCUUUAAUGAGGGACGCAACCUUAUCAUUCAGGGGACUGCGGCUAUUAAAGCGAACGUCCGCACAGACAACCUUCAGUCUGCCCGAGAAACACUAGGACGAGUGUGUCACACACUGCAGGACUUUUACAGCCACAGUAACUGGGUUGAAUUGGGUAACAAAAGUCCAUAUGCCAACCUCAUCAGACCGGAUCUCAAGAUUGAGAAGAUUGCAGACAUUGCGAUGCCAACAUGCAGUGACUGUGCCAGUGGUACCUGUCCAAACCAGCUGCUUCCUGCUAUUCUCAAUGGGAAGUACCUCACUUCAGGAUAUAUGGGCUUGUUCUCCAGUGACAAACCUCAAGGAAAAUGUAGCCAUGGUGGGCAGACUGACCUCAGCAGUACCCAGAAUCCUCGAGGCGGGAUCAGUAAAGAUGAGCCCCGUUCCCAUAAUACUGAUCUACACACUAAUGCUGCAAACUUGGCAGCUGAAGCAACCCUGGAGCUGCUAGAGGAUAUCCGUGGAGCUAUAGGAAACAAGGAGUACCUUCGUAUGAUGGGUAUUGCGCGAACUGCAGUCCUGGCUUUUGUGAUUGACACCACAGGCAGUAUGUCAGAUGACAUUGCAGAAGCUAAAAGAGUCGCCUUCAACAUCAUUGACAGUAAGAAAGGGACUCAAGAUGAACCAUCUGAAUAUAUUCUGGUGCAAUUUAAUGAUCCAGAUUUUGGACCAUUAAUAAGAACAACAGACUCAGAUGUGAUGAAGUCAGAGAUCUCCAAGCUCAGCGCUAAUGGAGGAGGAGAUAUCCCAGAAAUGUGCCUGUCAGCACUUCAGUUGGCCCUGACAGGAGCUCCUUCCUCCUCCUAUAUAUAUGUGUUCACGGAUGCUCCACCUAAGGAUACAUACCUGGAGAAAACUAUCAAAGCCCUCAUUCACAGCACCAAGUCUGCGGUAUCUUUCUUCAUGACAGCAUCAAAGAGGAGGCGAAGGACCCUGAGGGCAUCGUCACAGUUUAAGAUGUAUUAUGACAUGGCCUUGUCCUCUGGGGGUCAAGCCAUCGAGGUCUCCAAAUCCAGCCUCUCUCAAGCCACUGACAUCAUUGUUGACACCUCUACUUCAGCUUUGGUGACAAUUCUUCAGCGCUCCAGGGAUCCAGGACUUGUAGAGAGUUUCCCCUUCCUACUGGAUAAGUCUUUGUCCAACACUACCAUCUACAUCACAGGAAGUAGCCUCACAUUCAACCUACGCAGCCCCACAGGUGUGACUCAGUCUAACACUGUUGACAAUGGACCUCUGGGCACAAUUAAGAAAGUGGGAAACCUGCAAAGAAUCCAAUUAAAUGGAACUGAGAUUGGCCUGUGGCACAUUGACAUGACAACAACUCAGCCCUACACCAUUAAAGUGAUGGGUCAGAGUGCGAUUACAUUCAUCUAUGUAUUUGUGGAGGAAUUCAAAGGACCCCAUCCUGCAUUUGCUGCCAUUGAUGGGCGGCCGUCAGCAGGCUCACCGGCUAAGAUGCUGCUAACACUGACUGGAGAGAAAGGUCCAGAGGCUCUAGAGCUGCAGGAGGUUGCUCUCAUGGAGGUGUCUGGGGUAAAAGUUUCUAAUGGAACCAUUGAGAAAAUGGAUGGUGGAGAUUACCUUAUUACUGUGAAAGAAGUGCCAGAAGGAGAGUUUGUGGUGUUGCUGAAGGGAAAAGACAAGACCUCCUCCAGUCUGUACCAGAGGCAGACCACCACACAGAUGUCUCAGUCUAAAGUCACAAUAAAGGCAAUUGCAGACAGUUCCAUGCUGCCAGGAGAAGUAUUUAAAAUAAAUUUUACUGUUACAACCAAUGGAACCAGUGGUACCUACACAAUUCGUGCAAGGAAUGACAAAAACAUCCCUAUGACACAUCCAUCAACUCUCAAUCUCGUGAGUGGCGGCAGUGCUCAGGGGACAUUGUCUGUCACUCCACCUGGUGAUAUGGUCUCAGGCACAGAUGUUACGCUAACCAUCGAGGCAGAAGGCCCUGGAGGAAGUGAUUCUAACUAUGUCGUCCUUCGCCUCUCUGUUCUCUCAAAGGUUACCGACUUUUCACCUCCAAAAUGUGAAGUUGUCAAUGUACAGGGUACUUGCUACUCCUCCUCUUGCAGCUCAUCAAACUGGGAACUGUCUGUCAACAUCACAGAUGGUAAUGGCACAGGCAUCGAGAGCAUUUCCAUCCAGCAAGGCAGUGGAAACUUCACCCAGAGUAAAGUGGAAGAUGGUGUGAUUGUGUUUAUGGGUCUGUAUGAGGCCUCAUGUUGUUCACCUUCUGUGACUUUGUCUGCAGUUGACAAGGUAGGGAAUGUGGGCAGGUGCAGCUACACCAUCAAGUCCAGCGCAGGCUCGUGCCUCAUCAGCAUGUCCUUCCCUCUGUGGGCAUCUCUGCUUUUAUAUUGUUUUCUACAUGACACUUUCCCUUAGUAAUGAAAUUAGUAUUAAUUGGUAGUAUUAAAUGGUAUUUCCAGAUAUGCAGGACUACCAAUGAAGAACUAUGCUGUGUAUACAGACCAUACAAACCUCAAAAGAUAGAUUAGAGUUUUGUGUGAGUUCAUAUGACAGGCAGAAAUAUAACUCAUUUUUUAUUAACAUGAAUCUAACAGAAAUGAAUGUUGCAAAAAUGUAAAAAUAAAUGCUUUCUAAUCAACAA